UCAAGACAAUCGCAAAGACCGUCGUAUGCGUGAAGCGCCUGCUUGUUGAGGAUGGUACGGGGCGAGCAGGAUGGACAGAGCAAGGCGAACGCAUCAUCAAAGGCACAGAUAGCCGGCGAUGCAGUCUCAUCUGAUCAGCCGCCUUUGCCUGAUGAGCCUCCACCUCUGCCUCUCGAAGCGCCGCCCUUGCCAGAUGAGGCUUCAGCAGCAAACGAAGCCACGAAGGAGCAACCUCCGUUGCCAGACGAGCCGUUGCCCGAGUCUACAGAGCCAAGCGACGACGCUGACGGAUGGCAAGCCGUGCUAGAUCAGUCUAGUCAACGCUACUACUUUCACAACACACGCACAGGCGAGACUACCUGGACCAAUCCACGCGUGCCUGCCGGACAAGACACACCCGCCGAUUAUGCGAUUCAUUUCACCAACAACGACUCUACUGGAGAUGUCGCCUUCCAAGUCCAAUUCAAUAAGCGCUCCGGAAAGUUUGUACGAGACCCUGAAAAGACGGUGGAGAACUUUACGUCUGAUGGUCGCGGUGAGAGGCAGCUCAAAAAGUUCUUCGAUCUUGAAGCUUUCAAUCAAGAAGGCAAGUCAUUCAAGGCAGAGCGGGCGCAGGCUCAGUACUCCAAGAAGGAAAUGCAGGAGUUUAAGAAGCAGUACAAGGAGAAGCGUGAGCAAAAGAAACGGUCAUGGCUUACAAAGGAGUCGGAUGACGUGGAUGAGCGACGCAAGAAGAGAUAUUGAGCCUUGGUCUGGAAAGAUACAGCGUGUGUUGUU